AAUAUAUUAACUCCCGAUAAAACAACUUGGAAAUUUAAAACAAUUCUAGUCAGGCAUGAUUUGCGGAACCAAAACAAGGAGGUCCUUCUCUGGUUCACACGGAAACGAACGCUAAAGACCGAUGUUUGUUUUGCUCCGGAUGGAAGCAUGCCUGCUGAACGCAAGCGGUCAGUAAACAUGGAUGAGAAAGAAGUGUGCUCAUUCAGCAAUAAAGAAAAAGAGAAGGACAGAGAUGGUGAGCGCAGACCGGCAUCCUCUCGAGAUAAACCAAAAGAUGAGGCCAAAAUGAGUGGUAAAAAAGAUAGUGGCAAGGCUGCAGAGGAGAAGAGAAAGCGCCUAGAGGAGGAAAAGAGGAAGAAAGAAGAAAAGGAGCGCAAAAAGAAGGAGGAGGAAAAACAGAAAGCAGAGGAGGAACAACGAAAGAAAGAGGAGGAGGAGAAGAGACAGCAGGAGGAGCAGGAGAGGAAGCUGCAAGAGGAGGAAGCCAAGCGGCAGCGUGAGGAGGAGGCGGCUCAGCUGAAGGAGAAGGAGGAGGGGCAUCAGCUGCACCAGGAGGCCUGGGAGCGCCACCAUUGCAGGAAAGAACUCCGCAGCAAGAACCAGAAUGCCCAAGAAGGUCGGCCUGAAGAGGCCUUCUUCAGCCGCCUUGACUCCAGCCUUAAAAAGAACACUGCCUUCGUCAAGAAGCUGCGGACACUUACCGAGCAGCAGCGGGAAUCCCUUUCCAAUGAUUUUGCUUCACUCAACCUCAGCAAGUACAUCGGCGAGGCUGUGAGCUCCGUCGUGGAGGCCAAGCUGAAGAUCUCAGACGUGGGCUGUGCUGUCCAUCUCUGCUCCCUCUUCCACCAGCGCUACGCAGAGUUCGCCCCACUGCUGUUACAGGCGUGGAAGAAACACUUUGAAGCACGCAAGGAGGAGAAGGCACCCAAUGUGAGCAAACUACGCACAGACCUGCGCUUCAUUGCUGAGCUCACGAUCGUCGGCCUCUUCACAGAUAAGGAGGGACUUUCUCUGAUCUAUGAGCAGCUGAAGACCAUUAUUGGGACGGACCGGGAGACACACACUCAUGUGUCUGUGGUUAUCAGCUUCUGUAAACACUGCGGUGAUGACAUUGCUGGUCUGGUGCCCCGCAAGGUGAAACUGGCCUCUGAGAAGUUUGAAUUGGUCUUCCCACCGAGCGAGAUCAUCAGCACAGAGAAACAGCAGCCUUUCCAAAACCUUUUAAGAGAGUACUUCACCUCUCUCACCAAACACCUAAAGAAGGAUCACCGGGAGCUGCAGAACAUUGAGAGGCAGAACAGGCGUAUCCUCCAUUCCAAAGGAGAGCUGAGUGAAGACAGACACAAGCAAUAUGAAGAGUUUGCCACCUCCUACCAGAAGCUCCUGGCCAACACUCAGUCUCUGGCUGACCUACUUGAUGAAAACAUGCCAGAACUGCCACAGGACAAGACUGUGCAGGAGGAGCACGGCCCUGGCAUUGACAUUUUCACCCCCGGAAAGCCUGGAGAAUAUGACCUUGAGGGGGGCAUCUGGGAGGACGAGGAUGCUCGCAACUUUUAUGAGAACAUGGUGGACUUGAAGGCCUUCGUACCAGCCAUCCUCUUUAAGGACAAUGAGAAGAGCUGCCAGGGCAAAGACAAAGAUGAUGGCAAAGAUUCCAGACAGGUUAAGGAUGGGGCCAGCACCACAGAGGAACUGGAGCUGGAGUUGGAAGCUCUAGACAUUACUGAUGACCCCCUUGAACUUGAAGGCCCAGAUGAGGCAGAAAAUGAAGAGCUGGCCAAGAAACUGCUGGAUGAGCAAGAACAAGAAGAUGAGGAGGCCAGCACCGGGUCUCACUUGAAGCUUAUAGUGGAUGCCUUCAUCCAGCAGCUCCCCAACUGUGUCAACAGAGACCUCAUAGACAAGGCUGCCAUGGACUUCUGCAUGAACAUGAACACCAAGUCCAACAGGAGGAAGCUUGUCCGUGCACUGUUCACUGUUCCCAGGCAGAGAUUGGAUCUUCUGCCUUUCUACUCCCGCCUGGUUGCGACCCUUCAUCCCUGCAUGUCAGAUGUUGCUGAGGACCUUUGCUCCAUGCUAAAGGGAGACUUCAGGUUUCAUAUUCGGAAGAAGGACCAGAUCAACAUUGAAACCAAAAAUAAAACAGUCAGAUUUAUUGGGGAGUUGGCCAAGUUUAAGAUGUUCUCUAAAACAGACACGCUUCACUGUCUCAAAAUGCUGCUGUCUGAUUUCUCCCAUCACCACAUAGAAAUGGCCUGCACUCUAUUGGAGACCUGUGGUCGCUUCCUCUUUAGAUCCCCCGACUCCCACCUGCGUACCAGCGUCCUACUGGAGCAAAUGAUGCGCAAAAAGCAGGCGCAGCAUCUGGAUGCGCGCUACGUGACCAUGGUGGAGAACGCCUACUACUACUGCAACCCCCCACCCAUGGAGAAGACGGUGAAGAAGAAGAGACCCCCGCUGCAGGAGUACAUCCGCAAACUGCUCUACAAGGACCUGUCCAAGGUCACCACCGAGAAGGUGCUGAGGCAGAUGCGAAAGCUGCCCUGGCAGGACCCUGAGAUUAAGAGCUACCUGAUCUGCUGCAUGGUCAACAUCUGGAAUGUCAAGUAUAACAGCAUCCACUGUGUGGCAAACCUGCUGGCCGGCCUGGUGGCCUACCAGGAGGACGUGGGUAUCCAUGUGGUGGAUGGUGUCCUGGAGGACAUCCGCCUGGGCAUGGAGGUCAACCAGCCUAAGUUCAACCAGCGCCGUAUCAGCAGUGCCAAGUUCCUGGGUGAGCUCUACAACUACCGCAUGGUGGAGUCAGCGGUCAUAUUCCGGACCCUCUUCUCCUUCAUCUCCUUUGGGGUGAACCAGGACGGCACCCCCAGCCCUCUAGACCCCCCAGAGCAUCUCUUCCGCAUCCGUCUGGUGUGCACCCUGCUGGAUACCUGUGGCCAGUAUUUUGACCGAGGCUCUAGCAAAAGGAAGCUGGACUGUUUUCUCAUCUACUUCCAGCGCUACAUUUGGUGGAAGAAGAGCUUGGAUGUGUGGACCAAGGAUCAUCCCUUCCCCAUCGACAUCGACUACAUGAUCAGUGACACCCUUGAGCUGCUCAGGCCCAAGAUGAGGCUCAGCUGCUCCCUGGAUGAGGCCACCAAACAGGUCACCGACCUGGAGAGGGAGGUGCUCGUCAAACUAGGCCUAGUCACAGAGAAGGACGGCCGCUGUUCCAGUGCUAUGGGUGAAGGGGAGGUUCUGGAUGAGGAAGAUGAUGACGGUGAUGAUGAUGAAGAGGGCGGGGCAGAGACCGAGGAGCAGUCAGGCAAUGAGAGCGAAAUGAACGAACAGGAGGAGGAAGAAGGGUCUGAGAAUGAAGAAGAGGAGAGGGAGGAAGAGGAGGAGGAGAACACCGACUACCUGACAGACUCCAAUAAAGAAAAUGAGACUGAUGAGGAAAACAAUGAGGUUACCAUCCGUGGUGGCGGCCUGAAGCACGUGGCUUGUGCCGAGGAUGAGGACUUCAUCCAGGCUCUGGACAAGAUGAUGCUGGAGAACCUACAGCAGCGUAGUGGCGAGGCAGUGAAAGUACACCAGCUGGAUGUGGCCAUUCCCCUGCAGCUGAAGAGCCAGCUGAGGAAGGGGUGUCCCGGACCAGCAUGCACUGGGGAGGGAGACACUGACAUCUCUGACACCAUGCAGUUUGUCAUGCUCACACGCAAAGGCAACAAGCAGCAGUAUAAGAUCUUGAAUGUGCCCCUGUCAUCCCACCUGGCGGCCAACCACUUCAACCAGCAGCAGGCCGAGCAAGAGGAACGCAUGAGAAUGAAGAAACUCACUCUGGACAUCAACGAGAGGCAGGAGCAGGAGGACUACCAGGAGAUGAUGCAGUCCCUGGCACAGCGGCCUGCCCCGGCCAACACCAACCGGGAGCGUCGGCCACGCUACCAACACCCAAAAGGAGCUCCCAACGCCGACCUCAUCUUCAAGACUGGAGGAAGGAGACGCUGAUCGGAGUCUGGGCCCGGGAGUGAGCGAGCCAGUAAGAGAAAGAAAGACAGGAGAGAGAAAGAGAGAGAAGAUCGGAGGGGGAACCGGUCUCGUCUGAACAGGGAACGAGUCCUCCAGACGCCCACUGAUGCCAGGGCAGACCACCCCCCCACCCAUACAAACACUUAACCCACCGCGGGGGCUGAAGCACGAGGAGGAGAAUGCUUAUUGACAAGGGGGUGCGGAGGAGGGAGUGGGGUCAAAGGUCACACAGACGGCUCCCUUUCUUUUUUGUCUGAUGCCUGAGACGGUAGCGGCACAGUAGUGUGCACCGAAACAAAACCAAGCCACCCGUCUGGACCAGAGAACGAACUACAAAGCUGAAUGAACACCGGCCAACUAACGGACAGACGGAUCAAACAGGAUGAAUGGAUCACCUCCAGCCAUCAAUGUAGCACAGGAGUAGGAAGUGCGACAAUUUACUCAUGUUUAGGAUACAGAGUUUAGAAAGCUGUGAUUUGACAGAAUUUGUAUGAAAAGAGUAGCGGGGAGGGAGGGACUCAGCAUCCACAGGGAUCCUUUUGACUCUUCAAACUGGGAACGCAUCUGUUCAGUCUAUUUUUCUCUGUCUAACUUAACUGCACACUGUUGUCAAGGCAGCUCUGAGAGGAAGACGGGUCGCCCACUGACAGACCAUGUAGAGGAAGACGCCAUGGUGCGUACACACAGGAAGUGUGUGACUUUGUUUCAUCGUGAAACUCUUUUUGGAAGAACUUGGGACGGUGACGACCGUGAUGUGGGCAGAGGCAGCGUCAAACGACUUGCGUCUGAUGAUUCACAAAUAAAUAUAUAUAUAUGUGUGUGCGUGUGCGUGUGUGUGUGUGUGUGUGUGUGCGUAUAAAUGUAUGUACACACACAUACACACACACACACACACACACACACACACAUAUGCGUACAUAUGCUUUAUUUUUACCCAGCUUUUAGCUCUCUAGAUGUUGUGUUUCACUUACAAGAGCAUCAAACGGUUAGUUUUGGCAGCAUCCAGCUUGUGUUGAUUUGGAUUUGUGUGCCGUAAUGUGGUAAAAGCAUAUAUUUUUUUGGACAAAUUGAUAACACCCUUAUCUGUGUGCCUGAGAGUCAUGCUUAGUGAUGCCAAUAACUAGACACUGUUGGAUUAUUUUUCUGUUGAACCUAUAGAUAGAUAUACUCUGUAUUCUGCUGCAUGAGCCUUUUCUGCACCAGCUCUCUAAAGCUGUCCUCUGCCUUUGUUGUAGUAAAGUGACUCAGAUUCUAUAGUUGGUGUCCAUGUCAUAAAAUUCCAAACUAUAUUGUUCGUUUAUGCCAGCAAAAAUGCCUUCUGCUUUGUGUUUUGGCUCAUGACAGACAAGAAAUUAUAUCGCAAUAAACGUAUGAAAAAA